AUGAGGGCCGAGAAGCUGAAGAUAAGAUGUGAUUCCAGGCUCGUGGUGGGGCAGGUUACGGGGGAGUUCGAGGCCAACGAGGACAGGAUGAGGAGGUACCGUGACGUAGUGCUACAACUCUUGGGACAGCUAGCCCACCACGAAGUCCUGCAGGUGCCAAGGGAACAGAACAUAGACGCGGACAUGCUCUCCAAACUCGGACAAGGCACCCCCGAACAUGUCUCCAAGAUCGCCCGGGUGGAAGACCUCGCGAGGUCCAGCCUCGAGGCCUACCCGGUCCUUCCCGUGCAAAUCAUCACGGACAACGGGCGCCAGUUCGAGAGCAAGGAGUUCAGUGAGUUUUGUGCCCAAUGGCGCAUAACGCAUACCCGUGUAGCCGUCUCCUAUCCCCAGGCCAACGGCCAAGUCGAAAAUGUCAACCGCACUAUCGUGGAUGGACUCCAGAAGAAUCUAGAAUCUGCCAAAGGCGCAUGGGUGGAGGAGUUGGAUGUCGUCCUCUGGACCUACCGCACCACCCCGAGGAGGGCCACCGGGGAGACCCCAUUCUCAUUAUCUUAUGGCUUUGAAGCCCGGGCCCCCGCGGAGGUCGCCAUACCCCCCUAUCGGGCCCAAGUGUAUGACCCCGACAUGAACGAGGACAACCACAAGAUCGAGCUCCACCUUAUCGACGAGAAGAGGGAGACUGCGACCACCCGGUAG